AUGAAGUCGCUUCUGAUAAUGGUCGCUUUUGUUCAAGCCUGUCGUUGUCUUGCCUUGGUCAGCGUUGAUGUUUCCAACCGGCAAUAUAGCACUCGGCCAGUCUCGCCGCUCCAAUUGCAAAUGGCUAACAGCGACGGCGAUCAGAACAGCAAUCAGUACACCUUUUGGACUUCCCGUGGAACGAAUGUGACCAUUACCGAUGAUCUCACACCCCCGUUGGUAAAAUUCCGCAAGGAGUCGUUGCUCUUUGACGAGUCGUCCGCUAGUAAGUACAACAACGACGCUCUCCGCCUGUGGCGCGGCCUGAAGUCCCGCCUACCACAAGUGCUGACGGGAGCACGACAAGUGGACACCGCCGACGAUAAUCCUCUGGCUGGAAUUUACAACAUGAUAUUUGUGCGACUACCGACCGUUGCGGCAGGAUUCGUUUACGGCAAGAAUCUGUACCAAGGUCAUCCACUCAUUGUGGACGUCGGCAAUGGUCCGUGGGAGGUGAAUCCGUUGUUCGUUUUAGCGACUCUGUACGUCAUUUUGAGGUGA